CGUAGCCUACGGCUGUCAGAUGCCUCUCAACUUUUAACCAUCCGCAGCUCGCCGCCAGUCCGCACCACGUCCCAACAACUUGCCAAUUUGCACCGCGAGAAACGGCGCCGUCCUGCCGCUCCGCUCCGCGGCUCCGGCCGUGACACGACACGAGCGCACACGCCCUCCGCCCCGUCGCGCGCGCCACAGGACAAAGGCGUCCCCAACCGCCGCCCCAUCUCCUGUCGUCAUCUGCCUGCCGAUCGAUCGAUCCCUCCCCUCAGCUAGCUAGCCUCACUCACCACCCCUCCCCCAACACAGUCCAAGAACCCGUAUAGUCCGGGCGAGCUAGAGCUAGAGGGGACCGAACCGGGCGGGCAGGCGAGCGGAGGAGGCGAAGGAAGACAUGGACCACGCGGCGGAGGCGCAGCGGACGGACCUGAUGACGAUCACGCGGCACGUGCUGAACGAGCAGAGCCGCCACCCGGAGUCCCGCGGCGACUUCACCAUCCUCCUCUCCCACAUCGUCCUCGGCUGCAAGUUCGUCGCCUCCGCCGUCAACAAGGCCGGCCUCGCCAAGCUCAUCGGCCUCGCUGGCGAGACCAACGUCCAGGGUGAGGAGCAAAAGAAGCUGGAUGUCCUGUCCAACGAAGUCUUUGUCAAGGCGCUCGUCAGCAGCGGCCGCACCUGUGUUCUUGUGUCUGAAGAGAACGAGGAGGCCAUCUUCGUCGACCCGGCCCUCCGCGGAAAGUACUGCGUUUGUUUCGAUCCGCUGGAUGGCUCCUCCAACAUCGACUGCGGUGUCUCCAUCGGAACAAUCUUUGGGAUUUACAUGAUCAAAGAUAAGGACAACGUGACUUUGGAGGAUGUACUUCAGCCUGGAACAAACAUGCUUGCUGCUGGCUAUUGCAUGUAUGGGAGUUCCUGCACGCUUGUGUUGAGCACGGGAAAUGGAGUCAAUGGUUUCACUCUUGAUCCUUCCCUUGGAGAGUUCAUUUUGACCCAUCCAAAUAUCAAGAUACCAAAGAAAGGGAAGAUUUAUUCAGUCAACGAAGGGAAUGCCAAAAACUGGGAUGGGCCUACAGCAAAAUUUGUGGAGAAAUGCAAAUAUCCUCAGGAUGGUUCAUCGCCUAAAUCCUUGAGAUAUAUUGGAAGUAUGGUUGCUGAUGUCCAUCGUACCUUACUAUAUGGGGGCAUAUUUUUGUACCCAGCAGACCAGAAGAGUCCAAACGGAAAACUACGUGUUCUGUAUGAAGUCUUCCCGAUGUCAUUCCUGAUGGAACAAGCUGGAGGCCAGUCUUUCACAGGAAAACAACGGGCCCUUGAACUUGCUCCCGCUAAACUUCACGACAGAUCCCCAAUAUUCCUCGGGAGCUACGAUGACGUGGAGGAGAUCAAAGCACUGUACGCUUCAGAGUCAAACAAUGCUUGAUCUUUCUGUCUGAGGACACUCGCGGUCGCAGAGAUCAAAGCACUGUAUGCUUCAGAGUCAACUGCUUGAUCUUUAAAUUAAAUUAUAAUAAAAAAGUUGUAAAAACAGCACUGCUUGAUCUUUCUGCCCGAGGACAAGCGCAUCAGACAAGCGCAUCAUCCACAUUGUAAUUGUAUUCAUCAGAUAUUUAUUGUGUUCUUGCCAUCUACGUAAAAAUCCAUUCUACGGCCGGUUACGGUACAACUGAAUAGUACAGGCUUAUGUUUUUUUUUACAAAUUUAACAUGCUUUCGUGAUUCCUUGAUACAAAUUUGGAUUCAUGUAUAAGGAGGAACUUUUUAUGAAGACAUAUUACUUGUGCA